AUGUUUCUCACCGAGUCCAUAUUUACUGAGAGUGCCUAUGGGGAAUGUCUCGAAAAAUACAAGGAACGUUUGGGGCUUGGAAGCGACGCAGCCGGAGACCUGGUGUCCUUGAUAAACGUGACGAUGAGUCCUUGGCCCCCCGAUUCCACAGCCCUAUCAGAUAUGGUGAAGGGGUUCAAGAAAAUUGCAGGCGAGGAGGUCCAGCUCGUCUUAGAGGCUGAGAUCCCCGACCAUAUGAUGUCAAAAUACAAAGAAAAGAAGAACGCAAAACCUGAUCAAUUCUUCACCAUCGCCAACGUGAAUAAAGAACAUCUUAUGGACCUAGUUGAGACUGGAUCAUUUCGAGCUCGCAUGGAUGAAGGUAUACCUAAGCCCCAGCCGCCGAGCGGAAACCCCCAGGGAGAGCCAGUGAUGCCAAAUCCACUGGCGGCGGGUUUCCAGGUGAAGAUUAAACGAGUCGUGGUGUUGGAGACGCUUUGGUUCGACAGUUUGAGCAGCACAUACCCGGAGAAAAUGCAAUUUUAUCUGUACGGUUCCGGUCCGGGGUUUCAAAUGGAUCACGUCUUGAAGAAAGCACUAAAUGCACAAUUGUGUGCUAACUGUGUUCAGGUCGCAACGCAUCUAAACAAUUCGCCUUUAAGUGCACAUCAGGGAUUGGUACGCAAGGGAAUACUGAUCGAAUUUGACCGUGUGCCUGAACAUGCGAUGCAGCCCCUGUCAACGAACGAUGGUCAUGACAUUGCCAAUGCUCCAGGUCUAGGAUUCGUUCCUGGAGCCAGAUCCGAGUUCACGGCUUUUAGAGACAGAACUAAAAAUCGGGUUCUUACAAAGGGAACCCUUGAGUUGAAGGCUAAUUUAUUUGCUGAUUGGUACGAGCUCAACAUGGACCCCGCAGACCAUCAUUGA